AUGCGCGGGAGUGGGUUAGAGACUUCCUGCUGUCUCAGUAGUUUUGGGCGGGUGCUGCGGUGGUCACUGCCGGUCGUUAUUGUCUCUCCGGUCCUUCACGGAUUAGAGGUGGGAGAAGGGAGUCGGAUAUGGUUUUCGGAAUCCUACUCGGAGCGGCUUUUCUGCCUGAGCCCAAAGCAUGCCCCGCGCUACGGCUGUGGUCCUUACACAUCAUUUGGGGGCGUUUACAAAGGAGAGCUUAAAAUCACGAUAUUCUCGUCUCUAUGUCCAAACAAUGAGUUACAAGGCACUAAUAGUUCUGGAUCAUUGGGUGGUCUUGAUGUUCGAAGACGAAUUCCUAUAAAGCUUAUCUCCAAACAAGGGAACAAAGCCAAAACUGCACCUCGAACUCCAAGGACUAUAAACAGGAUGCCUGCAAAGGCUCCACCUGGUGAUGAAGAAGGAUUUGAUUAUAAUGAAGAAGAACGGUAUGACUGUAAAGGGGGCGAACUGUUUGGAAAUCAGCGAAGAUUUCCUGGACACCUUUUUUGGGACUUCCAGAUAAACAUCUUAGGUGAAAAGGAUGAUACGCCAGUUCAUUUCUGUGACAAGUGUGGAUUGCCUAUUAAAAUCUAUGGGCGAAUGAUUCCGUGCAAGCAUGUGUUUUGCUAUGACUGUGCAAUUUUACAUGAAAAAAAAGGAGAUAAGAUGUGUCCAGGCUGUAGUGACCCCGUUCAGCGGAUCGAGCAGUGUACGCGAGGUUCUCUCUUCAUGUGUAGCAUUGUUCAAGGGUGCAAGAGAACCUACCUGUCUCAGAGAGACUUACAGGCGCAUAUCAACCACCGCCACAUGAGAGCUGGAAAACCUGUUCCCCGUGCUUCACUUGAAAACGUCCAUCCUCCUAUCGCCCCACCACCAGCUGAAAUCCCUGAUCGUUUUAUAAUGCCGCCAGACAAGCACCACAUGAGCCAUAUUCCGCCAAAGCAGCACAUCAUGAUGCCGCCACCUCCAUUGCAGCACGUGCCACACGAGCACUAUAACCAGCCACACGAGGAUAUCCGUGCUCCGCCAGCAGAAUUGGCCAUGGCUCCACCUCCUCCUCGUUCGGUCAGUCAGGAAACCUUUCGUAUUUCAACAAGAAAACACAGCAAUUUAAUAACUGUCCCUAUUCAGGAUGACUCCAAUUCAGGUGCUAGAGAACCACCACCUCCUGCCCCAGCACCUGCUCACCACCAUCCUGAAUAUCAGGGCCAACCAGUGGUCUCGCACCCUCAUCAUAUUAUGCCUCCACAGCAACAUUACGCACCCCCCCCACCUCCUCCACCACCAAUAAGCCAUCCAAUGCCACAUCCUCCCCAGGCCACAGGGACUCCUCACUUGGUUUAUAGCCAAGCUCCACCUCCACCAAUGACCUCUGCUCCACCACCAAUAACCCCUCCCCCCGGACAUAUUAUUGCCCAGAUGCCACCUUAUAUGAAUCAUCCUCCUCCAGGACCUCCCCCGCCUCAGCACGGCGGCCCACCUGUAACUGCACCCCCUCCUCACCAUUAUAAUCCUAACUCUCUACCCCAGUUCACUGAAGAUCAAGGAACUCUGAGCCCUCCAUUUACACAACCAGGAGGAAUGAGUCCUGGUAUAUGGCCUGCACCAAGAGGGCCACCUCCUCCUCCACGAAUGCAGGGUCCGCCUUCUCAAACCCCACUUCCUGGACCACAUCAUCCAGAUCAGACAAGAUAUAGACCGUAUUACCAAUGA